GCAACAAGUAUAAUUAUGCACAUAUUAUUAUGCUAGCUUACUGAUAGUGUUUAAUACUUUAAAUUUCAAAUAUUAUAUUGAAAGAUUAAUUUGCCUUUUCCUACUUCUUGUUAACGAUUGACAUACCUAUUUGGUCUGAUUUUUAAACGUCUGACAUUUAUUACAUAUUGGCUAUUAAAUUUAACUUGUAGUCUUGUACGUAUAGUAUAUAUAAUCAAGCCAUUAUAGUAUUUUAGAAAUGAGUUAAAUUUAUUUUAACACAACUCAAUGUAAUAAAAAUAUAUUAAAAUAUGAUGCGCUCUUACCUCCCUCACAAAUAUUCAAAAAGGUUUAUUGGUAGUACUACUCGAAUAAUUCCUAAAGAAAAUCUGCCAGUUACUGCGUAUAAACCGGAAAUUGUAGAAGAGCAUAAAUAUGAUGAAUGGGAAAGGAAAGAGAUUUUUAAAGCCAAAAUAAACAGAAAAAAGUCAUCAUUUAGUGUUGUAUUACCACCACCGAAUGUUACUGGAAAACUACACUUAGGUCAUGCCCUUUCCAGCACAAUACAAGAUGUAAUCGUGAGACGGUUGAGAUCAAUGGGAGAAAGUGUUCUAUGGCUGCCUGGUACUGACCAUGCGGGAAUAGCUACUCAGAGCGUUGUAGAAAAAUGUUUAAAAACGAAAUGGAAUAUCAGUCGCCACGACAUUGGCCGUGAGAAAUUUAACAGAGAAGUUUGGAAAUGGAAAGAAAGCCAUGGCAACACCAUAAGCCAACAGUUGAGAAAAUUAGGCUGUUCAUUAGAUUGGUCUCGUGAAGUUUUCACCAUGAGCGAAAAGCAUACAAAAGCAGUUAACACGGCUUUUAUUAAAUUGUUCAAAAGAGGUCUUAUAUAUAGACGAAAAUCCCUCGUUAACUGGAGUAACGCUUUAAACUCAACGGUAUCAGAUAUAGAAGUAGAAAAUAAAGUCAUCGAUAAGCCAAUGGAUGUAAUGUUGCCAGGUUAUGACAAAGUGGUUAAGUUUGGGUUAAUUUAUAACUUUGCAUAUAGGCUUCAUGAUAGUAAUGAAGAAAUUGUUGUGUCUACAACGAUGCCAGAGACUAUGUUGGGUGACACUGCUGUUGCUGUUCACCCAGAGGAUGAAAGGUAUAAACACCUCAGAGGUAAGAAAGUAAUUCAUCCAUUCAGAAAUACAACAAUACCUAUAAUUUUCGACAACUUUGUCGAUAUGAAAUUUGGAACUGGAGCUGUUAAAAUAACACCUGCGCACAGUAAAAUAGAUUACGAAAUAUCGAGGCACCAUAACUUACCAAUACUGCAGGUAAUAAACGAGGAUGGAGUCAUGGAAAACUCUAGGAUAUUUGACGGCCUAAGAAAAUACGACUGUAGAGAAAAGUUGGUAGAAUCGUUAGAAAAUAUGGGACUUCUAAGGUCCGUGAGCCCCCAUCAAAUGACUUUACCUAUCUGCAGUCGAACGGGAGACGUAAUAGAACAUUUACCUAAAGAGCAAUGGUUUAUAUCUUGUAGUAAAUUAAACGAAAAAGCAAGACAAGUUGUGGAAGAUAAUAAAUUAAAAAUAGAACCAGAAAAAUUCGUCAAGAAUUGGAUUAAUUGGACAAGUGACAACAGAGAUUGGUGCAUAUCUAGACAAUUGUGGUGGGGACAUCAGAUACCUGCAUACAAAUGUACUGUGGACAAAAAUAUAGUGUGGAUAGCUGCGACAGAUGAGCAAAUCGCUAAAUUAGAAGCUUCUAAAUAUCUUCGAACUGUACCUGAAGAAAUUAUAGCUGAAAGAGACACAGACGUCCUAGACACUUGGUUUUCUUCCGGGAUAUAUCCAUUUGCGGCAUUAGGAUGGCCGGAUGUUAGAAACGACGAUUACAGAAAAUAUUACCCAUUAAGUUUGAUGGUCACUGGACAUGAUAUACUUGGAUUUUGGGUACAUAGAAUGGUAAUGUUGGGUAUAGAGCUCACAGACCAAUUGCCAUUUAACAAAGUUCUGCUACAUGGAAUAAUAUGUGAUAGUAAGGGCGGUAAAAUGUCGAAAAGCAAAGGAAACGUUAUAGAUCCGAUGGAUAUUAUAAAUGGCAUAUCUAUUAAUGGGUUAAAAGAAAAAGCAGUCGCAAUGCAUAAAGAUGGUAUUUUGAAUCAAGAUGAAGUGAAGAAGGCUAUUUCUUACAAUAAAUCAAGUUUUUCAAGUACAAACGGUAUUCCUGAAUGUGGCGUAGAUGCGUUGCGCUUCACGCUAUUAUCAAAUGACGUUAAGUCACAUUUUGUUAGUUUUGAUGUAUACCAAUGUCAUGCAAAUAAAUUAUUCUGUAAUAAAAUUUGGCAAAGUAUCAAAUAUACUCAGCUGUGCUAUGAAAAAUUAAAGAAGGUAAAUGAAGAAAUAACUGCGAAAGAUUUAAAUUACUUCGAUAAAUGGAUUCUAAGUAGACUAUCGACUAUGAUAGACAUUGUCAAUAAAUCAUUAGAUGGAUACGAUUUCCAUCUUGCUACGAAAUCACUUCGAACUUUAAUUUAUAAUGAAUUUUGUGAUGUUUAUUUAGAAUCGACUAAACCGGGUUUUGACAGUGGUGAAUUCAAAGUAGGUUAUGCCCAUGCGCAUACUUUAUCAGCGGUGCUAAAUACAUCACUGCGAUGUCUAUCCCCAUUUAUGAUUUAUCUCACAGAUGAAGUCAUACCUAAAAUACCAGGAUUUGAAACUAACAUCAUCCACAAUUUUAACGAUUAUGAUAAAGAUUUCUUUGAUUUCCCAAAGACCACAGAUUUCGAAAACUGGAAAGAUCUGGAAUUAGAGAAACAAGUGGACAAACUAUUAAACACAAUGUAUCUUAUAAGAGAAGUAAAGGGUUUUUAUAGUAUACCAAACAAAAUCAGAUCAAAUAUUUUUAUAAAUACAAGCGAUGUAAAUUUAAAAGCAGAUCUGGAAAACAAUAAAAAAGUAAUACAACAUUUAUCUAAAACUGGCGAUAUAAUAAUAAAUAAAAAUAUUGAUAAGAAAGUGAUUAACGUUAUUCUAGACAAAGACACUGAAAUAAACGUUGAAAUAACUAGCGACAUUGAGAGUACAAUAACUGCUGCUAAAGACAAACUACAGAAGAAAAUAAAUAAAAUGCAAGAUAAUUUAUUGAAAUUAGAAGCGAAACUAUCAAGCAAUCAAUAUGUUAAUUCUGUAUCUGAUCAAAAUCAAGAAUUAGACAAAGAAAAAUUACUUAUAAAAAAGGAAGAAUUGAAACGUUUACGAAGACUGAUAUAAAUGAAGCAUUUAAAAUAAAACAAAUAGUCAUAUAUUUUAGCUAGUGUUAAGUGAUUAAAAAAUCAAUAAAACAUAUUUACAACAAA